AUGGCGGCGGCAGCGGUUCGCUGCGCGCCCUGGCGAGCGCUGUGGCGGGGCGGCCUGCGGUGCUGGUACCGCACGGAGCGCGGCGUCUACGGCUACAAGCCGCGGAAGGCGGCGGCGGCGGAAGGCGGCGGCGGCGGCGGCGCUGCGGCCCAGCCGCGCGGCACAGCAGUUGACCAUGGUCUUGCUCGUUUAAUAACGGCAUACUCCGAACAUGGCCACAAAGCGGCGAAAAUAAAUCCAUUAUUUGCUGGCCAGGGUGUUAUGAACAUGGUACCUGAAAUUCGAGAGCUGACAGAAGUUCUUCAAGGGCCUUUCAUUACCACAGGGCUUCUGAACAUGGGAAAAGAAGAGGCUUCCCUGGAGGAUGUGUUGUCCUACCUUGACCAUAUAUACUGUGGGCAUAUUUCCAUAGAAACAAGCCAGCUUCCGACCUUGGAGGAGAGAAAAUGGUUUACUAAAAGGUUUGAAGAGCUAAAACAGGAAGCGUUUACAACUGAAGAGAAAAAGCAUUUGUCCAAACUGAUGCUGGAGUCCCAGGAGUUUGAUCACUUCUUAGCCACAAAGUUUGCCACAGUGAAGAGAUAUGGUGGUGAAGGAGCAGAGAGUAUGAUGGGUUUCUUCCAUGAGUUGUUCAAGAUGUGCGCAUACAGCGGUGUGACGGAUGUCAUUCUUGGAAUGCCUCAUCGUGGAAGACUUAAUCUCCUCACAGGCUUACUUCAGCUUCCACCUGAGCUCAUGUUCCGUAAGAUGCGUGGUCUGAGCGAGUUUCCAGAGAAUUCACCAGCCAUUGGGGAUGUUCUUUCCCACCUGACAUCUUCUGUAGAUCUCGACUUUGGUUCCCACAGACCAGUACAUGUCACCUUGCUACCUAACCCCUCACAUUUAGAAGCAAUCAAUCCAGUGGCAGUGGGCAAGACACGGGGAAGGCAACAGACACUGCUUGAUGGAGAUUACUCCCCAGAGAGCUCUGCACAGCCUGGAGACAGCGUCAUUUGCCUGCAGGUUCAUGGUGAUGCUGCUUUCUCUGGGCAAGGGAUUGUUCCUGAAACACUGACCCUCUCUAAUCUACCACAUUUCAGAGUUGGUGGGAGCAUCCAUUUGAUUGUUAAUAACCAGCUGGGCUACACCACUCCUGCAGAGCGAGGAAGAUCAUCCCUGUACUGUAGUGAUAUUGGUAAAAUUGUCGGGUGUGCAGUUAUCCAUGUGAAUGGGGAUGAUCCUGAAGAAGUUGUCCGUGCCACGCGAUUAGCUGUUGAGUACCAACGCCAGUUCCGCGGGGAUGUGAUAGUAGACUUGCUGUGCUACAGACAGUGGGGCCACAAUGAACUCGACGAGCCAUUCUUCACCAACCCUAGCAUGUAUAAAAUCAUCAGGUCGCGUAAGAGUAUUCCAGACACGUAUGCAGAACACCUAAUAGCUGCUGGGCUCAUGACUGAGGCUGAAGUAUCUGAGAUAAAGACAACAUACUACUCUAAACUGAAUGAUCAUCUUGCCAACAUGACUUUGUAUAGUCCACCUCCUACCAACCUACAGGCUCACUGGAAAGGCCUGGUCGAGCCUUCUGCUAAAAUCACCACUUGGGACACGGGUAUGCCUGUGCCACUUCUCCAGUUUAUUGGAAUCAAGUCUGUAGAGGUGCCUGAAGAACUCCAGAUGCACAGCCAUCUUCUGAAGACUUACAUGCAGUCAAGAGUACAGAAAGUGGAGGAGGGAAAAAAGCUGGACUGGGCAACAGCAGAAGCUUUAGCCUUUGGUUCACUACUGAGCCAAGGGUUUAAUGUCAGACUGAGUGGACAAGAUGUUGGCAGAGGAACCUUUAGCCAGCGACACGCUAUGUUGGUUUGCCAAGAGACAGAUGAUACCUAUGUACCUCUGAAUCAUAUGUCCCCAGACCAGAAGGGUUUCCUAGAGGUGAGUAACAGUCCCUUGUCUGAAGAAGCUGUGCUUGGCUUUGAGUAUGGAAUGAGCAUUGAGAGCCCUAAGUUACUACCAAUUUGGGAAGCUCAGUUUGGAGACUUCUUUAAUGGAGCCCAGAUAAUAUUUGACACUUUCAUCUCUGGAGGUGAAGCAAAAUGGCUUCUUCAGAGUGGAAUAGUAAUUCUUCUUCCCCACGGCUAUGAUGGUGCAGGCCCUGAGCACUCUUCCUGCCGGGUGGAGCGUUUCUUACAGAUGUGUGACAGUGCAGAAGAGGGAGUUGAUGGCGACCAGGUGAACAUGUCUGUUGUGCAUCCCACCACCCCAGCACAGUAUUUCCAUUUACUCCGGCGGCAAAUGGUCCGAAACUUCAGGAAACCUCUGAUUGUUGUAUCCCCCAAGGUGUUACUCAGGCUCCCUGCUGCUGUGUCCAGUCUUGAAGAAAUGGCUCCAAGGACAACAUUUAAGCCAGUCAUUGGUGACUCAUCAGUAGAUCCUAAAAGUGUCACCCAAGUGGUUCUUUGUUCUGGCAAACAUUACUAUGCUUUGGUGAAACAAAGAGAGACACUAGGAGAGAAACAACACAACACAGCUAUUGUGAGACUUGAAGAACUUUGUCCUUUCCCCCUAGAAGCUCUACAGCAAGAGCUGAGCAAAUACAGCCGUGCCAAAGGUUUUAUCUGGAGUCAGGAAGAACCGCAGAACAUGGGUCCAUGGUCAUUUGUGUCACCACGGUUUGAAAAGCAGCUAGGAGUUAAGCUCCAUCUUGUGAGUAGACCUCCUUUACCAGCCCCAGCAGUUGGCAUUGGAACCCUGCACCAGCAGCAGCAGGAGGACGUUGUUACCAAGACAUUUGUCUAAGAGCAUUCAGCAGACAGACUACUUCCACUGUCGGUCACGUUUGUUACCUCCUACUGUGAAGAACAACAGAAGCCAAACUUAAUUCUCCAAGACAGAAAACAAAUGGAACAAGUGUUAUAAUGAUGAACCAGUCUUUCCAUGUGGGGAUACAUGAGGAAGACAGCUCGUGCAUGUUCCUCUAGGUAUUUCUUGUUGUCCUCUUGUAUUUUCUACAGAAGAUAUUUUAAAAUGAAAAGAAAAAAAAAAUCCAGUCCAGGGGGCAGACCAGCAAGUUGGCGUGUGGAAAUAGCUGCUUGUUUCCACAGAGGUGCUAGUGCUGUUUCUUUGAAUAAAUACUGCUCCAUGCCUGGGAAUGAGCCAGUUCUGUAGCAGUGUUAUGGGGUUCUCAUUUCCUUUCUUAGGGGCCAAGAAUUAAAUCUGUUGCAGCUGUUGGUGCUCUUCUCAAGGCAUGUUCUGAAGGGAGUGGUGGUUGUUAAAGCAGGUUUCCUGGGGUAAUCUUGCAGGACAUACCCUGAAGGCUUCAGGCACCACUGUUUGUCUGGAGAAACAGCACCCUCAUAGCAAGCUUGCAAGGUGGGAGGUGUGCUGCAGGGCUCCUGCCAUAUUGUAGAACCCUCAUAGAGGCUCAAACCAGUUUCUAGAGGCUAGCCUGAAGAGUGGUGCUGUCUCCUAUCGCAGAAAAUUAUUCUCAAGUUUCCCUCUUCUGGUUUGUUUUUCAACCUCAAAAUUAUAGUGCUAAAUUAGUCCAUUGGUUUAGUCUUCUAUGUUAACAAGGAAUUUGUAACUUCUCUCUGGCUUUACUAGUGAGAAAUUCAUUUAAGAGACCAUCUCUUUUCCAGUCCCAGGGGCUGUGCUGUUUCACCACUUCAUGUGGAUAUGACCUGUUUUCAAGGAGUUAAUUUUGCUCACUUUCUUCUUUCAAUGGUCCCUAGUUCCCACACAAAUUCUUGCUUAUACUGCAAGAAGGCUGAAGUUGUGACCAAGUAAAAGCAACAGAAAGGAUCCAGAAACCAAAAAGUGCGAUCAGGCAGGCUGCCAAGAGUUUGAGGGACAACUUUCCAAAAGGAGUAAUAGUGAGGCCUUUUCCAAACACACUAGAGACUUGAAGGGCAAGAGGUGGGGGAGAUAGGAAAUAGAAGGGUCUUGUCAACAAGAUGAGUUUUUUUUUUUUUUUAAACUACAAUCCCAUGAUUUUUUUCUGGUUUCCCCCUUUUUUAGGGGUGGAUGUCCUCCACCUGGAGGCUUGUUGGGAGGUUCUUGAGCCAGAACUCUUGGCAGUGUAGGUAUCAGAGGCUCUAUCUUGGAAAAGAAUAUUAAUAAAACAGGUAAUAGAACAAACCUGUGAAAUGAACAGCAGGAAAGGACAGAACCUGAAGGCUGUCAGCCAUGUUUUCUGAAGGAGCUGAAGUAUGAUACGGGUGUUUGAAGUACUUGCAGGUGUUCCCAAAGUGCCAGUCGCAUACUAACAGGAUUUCUCUUUCUACCAGUGUAGCAUGUUUCUAAAUUUUGUGAGAAAAUACAUUGCUUUGCAAACCAAUACAUAUUUUAAUAAGAUAAGCUUUAUUACUGUUCUUAAACAAAUACAGAAUUAAACUAUGGUAUUUAAA